CCCACUCUACUAAACUAAACUAAGCAAUGAAGUAGAUCUAGAUCUAGAUCUAAGAGGCAACACUCAUGACUCUGAAUCACCUGUGCUGUUCAGAUGAAAUAUGAGAUUAAGGAAAUAACCGGGAGAGUAACUCAUUUCUUUUCCGAUAGGCUAUUGUUUUGGGACAGAAGAGAAGUGGCAAAGCUACUCUGCUCGCUCAGCUGUUACACUUCUCGCCAGUCUUGCUGUCGAUAAAACUCAAUCAAUUCUAAAUUUACUCAACUCGUCCAGGUUUCUGGACCUAGAUCUAGAUCUAUGGGGGAACCCACUGACGACAGAGUCCGAAGUGUAUUCUGUCUGGUGUAAUACUGUUUUUAUAUAGGCCUAGAUCUAGGCGUAGGCCUAUUAUUAUUGGCUUUCUCUGCUGCUGAACGGUACUGAACCACUCUAUUCAUUCAUGUGAAUCGUUUCCUGUCUCACAACAACAGGGAAGUUUAGAUUCUAAUUAUUAGAUUGGACCAGAGUGUGGUGAUGGUCAUGGAUGUCAUUCCCAGGGCAGAUCUCGACCAAGAGUGACAUGGGCCAGGAAGACAUAAAAAAUUCCUUGAACUGAAGCAGUUCUUAAGUACUGCUACCUAGCAUGCCAUGGUCCACGGUAUCGUUAGUUAGUCACGUCUCUACUAGAUCUAGAUCUGUAUACACCUUUAAAAACCGGGCCGUAGUACUGUCUUCAGGUUUUUGAGAACAGGCUGGAAACAGUUCUAGUUUUGGUAGAUGUAGGUUCUAGAAUCAAGACUCAGUGAAUGUAGUGAGAGGCCCCCUGCUUCUACCAAUAAACAAUGCCUUUGUCCUGGACAAGUCAAGACUGUCAGUUUCAGAGUCAACUUGGACAGUAAAUUGUUACUGAUUCAUAUUUUUGGACUAAGUUUUGAUCAAGAUGUCUAAUCGAGAGUCUAGAGUGAUAAUGAACUGUAAGUGAGCUAACUACACUACAGGUUCUUCAGGCAAUGGAUUUUCAUUCACCAGCUGAUGUUGCAGUCAUGUCAAUGAGUACGUCACACAGUUCCGCCUCUAGUAAUUCAUCUGAUGGUGACAGAUUAUAUCCAUCACUUGAAAAUUUAUACCAAGGAUCUGAAGAUGAUGAGGACUUUGAUUCCAUAGCAUUGGAUGAAUCGGCGUCCGUCUCUCCAAGCCAUAAACGUUAUCUUUUUCCUCAAAAGGAAUUCGUAGAGGACUUGAGACCUGAAGAAAUACGCUGGUUCUAUAAGAGUGAAGGAAGUAAAAAAUGGAUAUCGUUUAUUGGAUACGAUUCACUGCGAAUUGAGUGUAGAUAUCGUGCUUUGAACUUGAGUAAUGAAAGUGGGGAUAUAGAUGAAGAUGAAAAAAUUCUAGUCCGAGGCGGCUUAUAUGAAGUAGAUGUCAAAAGUAAAAAGUGUGCCCCUGUGUACUGGUCAGAAGAGGAAUCUGACAUUUUGAGAGGACUUUGGUUCGAGGACAGCAACUGGCAACCUCUUGAUGAAGAGUUUGCUGUACAAAUUGAAACGGAUCAUAUUGCAAAAUUUAAAGGAAUGCGACUAGAAAAUGCUCCAACAGAUCUCCCCAAAGGUCCUAAACCAGUCAUUCACAACAUAAGAUUCAAGGACUUCCAUGUUGAUUGGAAUGCAACUGAUGAGAUCUACAAGUAUAACGAGUCGGCCUCCUCAAAACUCCUGAGGAAUGUCCGUCAGUCUUUAGGGUGGCAAAAGUCUGGCACUCGGCUUCGGCGUGGUUACUGCUAUGAGGCAGUUAUGGAUGACAAGCCCCCAGACAUAUGUCAUCUGGUGUUUGUCAUACAUGGCAUCGGUCAGAAGAUGGACACAGGAAGCAUUGUCAGAUGCACUAAGGAAAUAAGAGAUCGGGUGAAGUACAUGAGGACAAAGAUGUUUCCUGAUUUUGACCACAGCUUUCAGAGGGCAGAGUUUCUGCCUGUUCAGUGGAGGUCAUCUUUACGCCUGGAUGGAGGCACUGUUGAGUCCAUUACCCCUCAUAAAAUGAAAGGUGUUCGCAGCAUCUUGAACAGCUCUGCCAUGGACAUUUUGUAUUACACCAGUCCUCUUUACAGAUAUGAGAUCACCAACAGCCUGAAGACAGAACUGGUACGACUGUACCAAAUGUUCAGUGCCAGACACCCGUAUUUCGAAGCCAGCAAUGGCAAGAUCUCUAUUGUAGCGCACUCUCUGGAAUGAAGAAGAAGAAGAUGCUCAUGGCAACAGUGAAGUUCUCUCAGAUGUUCAAGUGGCCAAAGACAAGGAUCUCCGUUUAAGUGCUGUCUGGCCACGAGUCAAAGAUCUGGAAAGUUUGAUGAAGUCUAUCAGAGCAAGACAAGGGAAAGUCAACAAGGAACUUCCUUUCUCUAUUGAGAACUUGUUCAGCAUUGGCUCGCCUCUAGCAGUGUUUUUGGCCCUGAGAGGGAUUCGACCGCAGGGGCUAGGCACUCAGGAUCACAUUCUGUCCACCACUCUAUGCAAGCGACUCUUCAACAUCUUCCACCCGUCCGAUCCUGUUGCCUACCGUUUGGAGCCUUUGAUCUUGAAACACUACUCCACCAUUAUGCCUUUACACAUCCACCACUUCUCGGCUCCCAAGAAGGAGCCCUACUCAAAGAUCCCACGAAGGGCCUACGCAGCAUUCACCGGGGCCAUUGAUGAGCUGACCCAAAAGAACAAAGACGAAGACAGCGGUGAUGGAGAGGGCAGUGGGAAAGAGGAAAGCUCAGAUGUCUCAGCUCAAGCCAAGCCACAGAAGUUUUCAUUGUCUGGCUGGUUCAACAAUCGAAAAAAGAAAAAUGUUGCUGAAAAACUCACCGCAGAGCUUCGCAUGAUGAACAAGCUUGGCAAUGAGCCUGAAGUGAAGCUGGGAACUGAUGUCACGUACCCAGAGGAGAAUGAACUAGAUAAAACCGACACUGAUAUCUCAGGGGAUGCUUUCCUUGAUUUGGCUGAGCUAGAGUACCGGCUGGACUUCCAGCUGAAGGAGCAGCGUAUGGAGAACAGCUACCUGUCUGUCCUCACCUCGCACACCUCCUACUGGACCAACAAAGACGUGGCCUACUUCCUGCUCAUUCACCUACACCCAGAACUUCAGGAGCAAGAAUCGUCCCAGUAAUGGAAGCAGCACUCAGGGUAUGGCAGCUGUCACAGCAACAAAUUCUAAGUCAGGAUGAUUGGUCUUUUACCACUUUUGUUCCCGCUUUGGGUCGAUGCGUUUUUCUACCGAAGAUCUGGCUGUUGUAAGAUUGGUAACUCUUUAACCAAUGAAUAGAGUUACUCCAGAUCAGUAUAGAAAUUUCACUCCAUGCUGUUUUUCCUUGUUAGCAAAGACCGUGAGUUGUACACACAAUGACAUUUCGUUCUUGAUAUGUGUUUACCUCGUAUCAUGGCAGUUUUACAAUUGGGAAUUAUCGGUGUGAUCUGUCAUAGAGUUCGUGUAUGAGUGCCUGAGAAGAGACCCAAAUGAUAGAGAGCUUGGAUCCUGAGAUAACAGCAUUGUCUCAUUGUAACUUUUACAUGAAACAGACUUUUUUAAUAUUUAGAAAAUAUCUGUAAUGGUUUUAGAAACAUGUCAGAUUUGUUUCAAAAACAGUUUUAGAGAAAAACAUCUUUAGAGUUUUUUUGGUUGUUUCUAAAUGUUUCAGAAUAGCAGCUAAUGUUCAAAUGUGUAAAAUGGCUUAACUUUCCAGUUACUGUAGUCGUGCACAUCUUGUAACAUCGUUAUUGUAGAGGAGAUGAUGGUGAACAUUUUGGUUUAAAAGAUGAUAGGGGUUCAGUUAAUGUUGGAGCAUCGUGAUCUCAUGUCUACCCCUUUUUCAUUCUUAUUGAAGUAAGCCGUGGUCUCAACAUGCACAAAGUUGUCCGAAGUCCUUUUGCCAACUGAUGAAAUAGAUGUUUGACUUUGAGACUUUGACUGAAUUCAUGUCUGACUAGGCUUAACGAUUUUGGCUGUUGUGCUCUUUGCUCCGGCAUUUGUUGUUUUUUUUCUCAUGCCCACAUACAUGGUACUUUGUUCUUCUGGCUGGAUUUCAAAGUGGCUACCUUGGUGAGGUCUUUACUGUAGAGACAGGAUGUGUUUCAGAUGGGAAAACACAAGAAUGAAUCUGUGCAUAACAGUUGCACUUUGUAUUUUUUCAACUUUUUGUUCAUUUGAUUGGCUGUGAUGUGAUGAUUGUGAUAGCUGUGAAGAAGUUUAGCUACCCAUCAGGUAUAGCCAGUUGUGGAAAGAUUGAUCUAAGCUGAAGUUGAAUAUGUAUAUAUGUGAUUCAUCAUGGUGAUAUCAGGUGCUCGUCAAAAAAACAAAAUCGAAGACACAGACUUUUUUCAGUCUGUGGGUAAAUGUUUUUUUUUCAAUUAAAUUUUGGGCUCAUUGUGUUUUAUAACAUAUUUCUGUGUGGAUAUUGGGGAAAAGUGAUUAAAUUUACAUAAAAUGUACAUUUUUAAUUUCCAAGGACUCUAAAGCUAUGGAAGUCACCAAAUUUGGUGACCAUUUUCUGCUCAUUUUACCGCUGGAACCAGGGGACACCCACGUCCUUCAAUCGCCAAUAUCUGGACUUCUGUUCAAGAUAGAUAGGUAUUUUUUUCAUCAAGAGCAAGAUAAGUAAACAUGACUUAAGAUGAUACCAAUAACUCCAUCUGUCCCAAAAUUGAUGAGCGCCUGAUUCCACUGCGUUUUGAGACGUAUAUAGAUAAAGCAUGUGAUAUUAUGUCAUGCCCAAAGAAUGGUAAUGGCAUUGUACUUGUUCAGAUUUCAUAAUUAGAGCCCUCUGAGAGGUAAUUGAUUUUGUCAUUUGAAACAUAAGAAAAAACAGUUUUUUGUUGUUAAUUUGAAGAUAAUUAUUCUCCUUCAUGACUUUGAUCAGUCUUUUGCCACAAGUUUUUUUUCACUCCGUUCAAAAUAUAAUUAUUUGUCAGAAUAAAAUACUUAUUAACUUUUUAACUAUCAGUCGAGAGAAAUGUUGUUUUACAAUCUAUCUUAACUAUAAUUUGUUUAUAGAAUAUAUAUCUGUGAUAACUGUUGAAAUGUAGAUUUCAUAUUCUCCACUGAGAGGGAACGUCAAUGAAGUGCUUGCUGUCAAUGAUUUAAAUUUAAACGCUGCUUUAUGAUUCUUGUCCCUGUGCAUCAUGGCUGCCUUAUUUUACUUGUUUUACGCUCAUGUAUUUUAGAAAUGCUCACAGCCUGCAGCCUUAAUUAAUUUAGAAUUGGAGCGGGUCCAGCGGAGUUGUGUGCCUCAUUAAGGUUUGCUUGGAGUUAGAUCUGAUUGGGUUCAGAUGUGAUGUCUCUGUUUAAGGUUUCUUUCCAAGGGUAUGAAAUAGCAGUUGAUUUAUUUCAAUCUUAGGGUUGUUUUUUCCAUAAAAAGAAUAUAUCAGUGGAUUUUGUUGGUAAAAUAUUCUGAGGGUAAGGUUUAAGGA